GUCAUUUUACUUUCACAUAGUUUUCAUUUUUUACAUCAAAACUAGUAACAUGGCUAUUGUCGUAAUGUGUUAUGUUUCCUUCAGCAUGAUUGUACAUUCAUCUUUGAACUUGGUUAAAUAAUAAAUAAUUGCAGCGGGAAGGUGAUUCAACAGAUCUUAUCGUAUAGUUAGGUUGGUUUAUGUUAGAGAUUAAAUAUCUAUCACAUAUGUACAAGUGAAAGUCAUUCCGCUACAUCAAUCCUAGAUCUGAUCAUUCCUGCACCAUGCUUGUAGAUGAGGUUGUCUUUUUAUUUUUUGUCUUUUUCAAACACUUAAAAAAAAAAGGCCUAGAUAAGCCUUUUUUCCUUUCUAUUACAUUACUUUUGGACCUGCUUUUGGAUCAAACAAAUCAUUAGCUUCUUUUUGAUUGGUUUGAUAUUUCUGAAUCAAUCGACAAGGCAGUCCAAAGUUGAACCAUGCUGAGAUAAGCAUGCUUUUUAUCAGAUCUUACCAUAGAGAGAAAAAAAGUAUGAAAUGCUAAAGAUGAUGCUGGAUGAAUGAUGUAUAUAAUUUAAAAAGAACAAUUAAGCUUAGACCUAUUUUCUUUACAAUUUUUUUGCUACUUCACAGGGAAUCUGUAAUACUUGAGUUUGAGUCAGCUAUAGAUUCUUCAUUUCUUGAUUUCUUUGCAUCUUCAAAUGUUGAAGUACGGAGUUUAACUUUUGCUUAUUCAGUAGUUUCCAUCCUCCCUGUGUUAAAAUUAUUUGUAAUCCCUGAAAACUGUUAAUGAAUCUCAUCAACGUUUUAUUCUUUCUUAUUUGCAUUUGAUGUGUCCUUGUUCGAGAGUCAACUGCAUACUGUGUCUUCUUUCUUAGAGAAAAUUUUCAAGCACCUUUCAUAACUGACCAGUCAUCUUCUUGCACAAUGUGCUCCAUAGGGAGCUUUGUGCCAUGGGCAUUUAAUUUCUGAGGUUCUGAACACAUAUUAAUAGGAAAUGGUGCUUGUUGAAAGUCAUUAAAUGGUGGAGAUGAAUAAAGGUGAUUGAUGCAUUAAUUCCAUUUUUCUUUGAUCUACUGUUGGUGUCUGAGAAGCUAUUCAGGGCACUUAUGGCAUUGUGGAAUGUGAAAGGUGUGGCAUAUAUAUACCUGAAGGGAGUGUUUUUUCUUGCUAACCUUGAUAGAGAAAAUCUUUGGCAUUUUGUAAAGCGGAUAUAAAAAGAUGAGUUCUGUGCUGUUGGUAAGAGGCCAUUGUUUGUUGUAAUAAGUGGUUGUUUACGCGCAUGGGCCAUUUUCUGGGCAGUAAGCAAACCUUUAGGAAGCUUAAGCUAUGGACCACCAUAUACUCGCAUGCCAUACAUAUUUGAUUUAUGGAUAUUUGACUUUAAGCGGUUGUAGAGACUGUGAUAUAUCUUCCAAUUACUUUUGGACCUUAAUAUUCCUCUUACAUGAAAGGAACGGUCAAAUGAAAACUUACAGAUAUAUGAAAACUUCACGUCAUAUAUAUAUAUAUAUAGUAUGAUGUACUUAUAUAUAUGUAUAUAUAUAUGUAUAUAUCUAUAUAUGUAUGUGUAUGUAUAUGUGUGUGUGUGUGUGUGUGUGUGUGUGCGCGCGCGAGCUAACACAAACAAUGUUAGAGACAUGAAGUGAUUUAUGUUAAGUCGGAAUUCACGAAGGCCAAAAUAUAGAAUUAUAUAUCUUGCACUGGUUGAACUUUGGUUUAACCACAAAAGACUGUGGACCAGACACAAACAUAUUAGUGAUCAUUUGAAUUUUUGAGCAUUACUUAUAAUGUUCCACACAUUAAGAUGAUACUUUGUGGUUUCAACUCUGCUAUAUGAUUGUUCAGUAAUGACGUUGACACACUUUUUAUAAUAUCUGAGUCAAUCAUGAUUGACUAUUGUAUAAUGAUUGGUCCAAUCAUUAUUUCAAGCUUAGAAGUAGAUCUAGCUCUUUCUCUGACUUUGAUUUCAAAUCGAGCAAAGCAUCAAGCUGAAGUUGGUUCUUCUGAUAGCAACUUGAGUGAAUUGUGUUCCAAAUAUCAACUUUGUUAGUAUAGCUCAAGGAUUUUAAUUUUGAAUGAUAUCGUCGGCACCGGUCUGCUGGCAUAUGAGAUGUCGCCUCCUCAUCUGAGGCGACGAGGCUUCAACGUCGUCGGCGACUUCUCCUCAUCUGCUCGGGCAGAAGCAACCUCGGCGAUGUUGCCCAAGUUUUGCGGGGAGAAGAAACGAGGUCCUAGGGAGCUUACUGGUGCUGUUGAUUUAAUAAACCACUACAAGCUGUUGACACAUCAUGACUUUUUUUGCAAAAGAAAUUUGCCCUUGUCAAUCUUGGAUACACAUUAUCUUCACAAUGUUGUUGGAGAGACGGAAAUACGGAAAGGAGAAGGGAUGGAGCUGGAUCAACUCUUUCACAAUGCUCCAUACUUGAGAGAAUCGACAGCACACAUACAACCAUUUGAUUUGGAGCUCCUAGGGCAAGCUUUUCUGCUGCGAGAUACAGCACCUAUUGAUUUGCCUUCUGCGGCAAAAGGAACACCUACAAUUUCUUCAAAAUCAAAAGGAGAUUCGAAAGACAAGGAUAGGAAGCACAAGAAGCACAAAGACAAAGAUAAGAACAAGGACAAGGACAAGGACAAGGAGCAUAAGAAGCAUAAACAUCGUCGCAAAGAUCGAAGCAAGGAUAAAGACAAAGAUAAAGAAAAAAAGAAGGAUAAAGGUGGACAUCACGAUUCAGGAGGUGACCACCUGAAACAUCACGAGAAACGGAAGCAUGAGGGAAAUGAAGAUUCCACAGAAACUCACAAGCACAAGAAAAGUAAGCAUAAGAACUCUGAGGUUGUUGCAGUGGGUGGAAAAAUGUUGCAAGCUGAUAAAGGCCGAUAAAAAUUAUUUCUUUCUUUGUCUUACCAUCAAGCAUUCUUCUAGUGAAGGUUUCUUUAAAGACCAUGUUUUGGAAUCAAAAUCUUGUGAGAUUAUCUUCCUACGUUGACCCCUUUGUGGCAAGUUGUAAGAUACACGAGGCCGUCCUUCCUAGAUUGGUCUUCAUUCUUUAUAUCUAACCAUUCUCUUUAGAUUAUUGAAACAUGUAACCUUAUAUAUAUAUAUAGAAUUGUAAUGGGAAUGAAGUGGUGCUUCUCUGUUCUUGUGCUC